AUGUCACUUGCUGCAAUUACAUUAAAAGACUUGAUAGGCGAAGCUCGUUCAGUACCAAUUUUUACUGGACAAGACGCCUACAGUCUAAAAUCCUUCAUCGAAGAAGUCGAAAGUUUAAUUGCCUUAGCAGCGGAUGCCGAUGCAAAAAACUAUCUAUACAGAAUUUUAGUAGACUCAAUGUACCUUAGAACUAAAAAUGUAACAACAUUAGAAGACGCUUAUAGAAGCUUAUUAGAAACCAAUAUAUCCGACAGCAAGGUUCCAAACACCAACUCUCAGUAUAGGAACAAUAAUCAUACAAAUUACAGAAAUAACCAUAACAUAAAUUCUAGACAUAGUAGUAAUAAUACAAAUUCCAGAAAUAACUAUAGAAACGCAAAUAGAACUUUCAACAAUAACAAUUACAAUAACAACAUAAGAAACACUUACACAAAUAGACCAAUGGACAGAAACUACACUACUAACGAAAAGUUUAGGAAUUUUAGGCCCAACCAACAAUUUGGUGGUACAGGUAAUAAUCUACCAGGACCAUCUUAUAACGAAAAUCGGUCAAGUCCAGUUCCAAUGGAUGUGGAUUCGGUAGACUUAACAAUAGAAGGCAAAAGGCUGACCUGUCUGAUCGACACAGGAUCAGUUACUUCAAUUAUAAACGGCAAUAUUUUUGAUCGAUCUAAACAAAACAAAUUAGAAAAUCCAAUUCAAUUAAAAACACUCGCAGGAAACCAAGCCAUUAAAUACGAAAUAACUACAAAAGUACCUGACGAGUUCAAUGAAAAUUCAACUAUGUCCUGGAAAGUAAUGGAUCUUAGCAAUAAAAACUUUGACGCUCUCUUAGGCCAAAAUAUUUUAAAACCAAUAGGAGCAAAUAUUAAUCUUUCAAAGGGGCGGUUAGAAAUUAACAACCAGAAGGAACUUCUUGCCAUAGUAUGGGCCACUAAAUAUUUUCGGCCAUACUUAUAUGGUACAAAAUUUUUAAUAAGAACAGACCACCAACCCUUAAAAUGGUUGCAUUCACUAAAAGAACCGGGCGCCAAACUACAAAGAUGGCGAAUCAGAUUAAACGAAUACGACUUCGAAAUAGACUAUGUAAAAGGAAAAGAAAAUCGUGUUGCUGAUUUUUUAAGUAGAAUGGAUUCUACAAAUAAUGAAAUUAAUCAUAUAGAUGACCCUAACGAAACACCUUCUAAUAAUUCACAUUUAAUGGUCCAACGUCUCAAUGACCGAAAUGCAACUACUAUUAUACAAGCACUUCGCAACAGGUUUGCACUAUUCGGUAGGCCAGAUAAAAUCGUUGUCGACAAUGAGUUCGAUAGUCUUAAUAUCAAAAACUUCUUUAGAACAGAAAAUAUAAACGCUCACUUUACGUCACCCAGAAGCCAUACCGGAAAUUCUACAAUCGAACGAGCUCACGGAACUUUAAGCGAACACCUUCGUAUCUUAGAUACACAAAAAUCACAUUUAACACCCGAACUAGAAAAUACUUUAGCACAAAUUGAAAAUAAUAUUUACAACACUUUUAACCAAGACAAUACCACAUUAAAACAAUUACAAAUUCAAAUCGAAAAAACUCGACAUAACAUUAAAACAUUACUACCACACAGACAAAAACGAGGACUCAUUAAUUUAGGUGGCAAAAUUUUAAAAUGGUUAUUUGGAAACUUAGACGAUGAUGACAAAACUGAAAUUGUAGAAAACAUAAAACUUAUUGAACAGGGAAAUUACAACUCCAUUCAGACCAUAAAUAAACAGAUUAAAAUAAACGACCAAUUUCAGAAAAACCUAAAUAUUCUACAGAAACGAAUUAACGAAAACCAAGAAAUUUUAAAUAUUACACUGAGAGAACAAAACAACACCUUUAGCAAAAGCAUAAAAAGUUUACAGUUUCUUUCUAGUUACACAAAUAUUAACUUACUAAAUUCAGAAAUAGACAAAGUCCAACAAAACAUUCUUUUCGCUAAACAUGGUAUCAUGACUCACUCCAUUUUAUCCAAUGAAGAAAUUGAUGAAUUUGAAAUCGAUGUUUUUAAAUAUAAAGAAAUAAAAAGUUCACUUAUUAGUCUAGAUAAUAAUAUUAUUUUUGCCAUUUUGAUCCCUAACGUUGCAAAGGAACUUGCAGUUGGAUAUAAAAUUAUUCCAGCGUUCAGAGAAUGUGACUAUAAGCGACGUCAAAUAUAUGAAUUAAGCAAUAUGGUUCACAAAAAAUACGAUCCAAUAACCGUAUGUGACUAUAAACGUUUGUGA